CCCCUCCCUCUCUCUCUCUUUCUCUCUCUCUCUCUCUCUCUCUCUCUCUCUCUUCCGCUACCAAUGGAGCCUUCUAGAAGCUGCAGCGUCCCCGCUCUUCUCCUCUCGCUCUUAACCCUAGCGACAUUAAUGGCGUCUCCGAGCGCCUACGUCUUCUACGUCGGCGGGAGAGACGGGUGGGUUCCGAACCCCUCCGAGAGCUACGCCGCCUGGUCCUCCAGAAACCGCUUCCAAGUCAACGACACCCUCGUGUUCAAGUACAACAAAAGCGUGGACUCGGUGUUGGUGGUGGGCGCGGCGGCGUACGGCGCGUGCAACGUGAGCGGCCCGGUUCAGCGGAUGGACACCGGCGACGACGCUUUCCGGCUCGACCGGUCCGGCCCGUUUUACUUCAUCAGCGGUUCAUCGGACCGGUGCGCGAACGGGGAGAAGCUCCUGGUGGUGGUGUUGGCCGUUCGAAACAAACCGCCGCCGCCGUCAACCCCCGCCGCCCCCGUUACGUCCCGCCCGAGCCCCAUCCGUUAUCUCCACCGCCACAACUUCCCAGGAACUCGCCCGCCUGCUCAGCUCCGUCGCCGCCGGUCCCCGCGACGACUCCGACCUCUCCGUCGCAGGGCCGAAUGCGGCGGGACUCCGACCGCGCCGUCCUCCGGCGGCGGAGGGGCUUCUCCUCCGGCGUCGUCUUCUCCGCCCUCGCCGCCCUCCUCCUCCGCUUCCCCUGGUUUGAAAGCAUCUGGGAUCGAGAUUGCAUCCGUGGUCUCGUUGCUUAGUAUGGUAAUCUUUUUGAGCUGAUUUGAUUCCUGCAAUAAUAGAUCCUAGUCUUAUGAGAUUGUUCGUUUUGGUUCGUAUCGGAUUAUGAGAUUACCUGUUUCUUUUCGUUUUGUUUGUGAAUAAAAUGAUGCACAAUAGGAUUGAUUUUUUUUUUUUUU